UAUUCAUCAAGGAAAGUAAUGUGUUUGCAAUUAUGGUCGAUUGCAGAUUGCUAUACUGCUAUACUUGGAAGCUUAAACAUAAAAGAGACACAGUAUAAUAAUUAAUUAUAAAAUAACAGUGUAAAUAAUAUAUUCAAGUUAAUGAAUCAUAUGAUUACGCAUGUGUAAAGAUUUUUAUAGUGUCUCAUAUCUGGAAAGAGUAAUUUUAUCUGAAACUUCUGGAACAGAUAGUUUCUGCAGAGCAGUGAAACUGUGAUACAGACAAUUAUUGCGUUUUGAUCAUAUAUAUUUAGCCGUGUUGUUCAUAAAUACAAAUAAAGUGUUUUAAGAACAAAAUACCUACUAAAGAAAUACGUGCAACGAAAUGUAUUAGAAGAUACAGAACAUCAGUUAAAGAUAUUAAUUUUAUUUAUGUAAAAUAUUACAUGUGCAUAAAAUACUACAAAAUUAAGAUUUCAAGAUGCCGGGAACUUUGACCUACCCGAUAUAUGCUGAUGUAGAAGCAUCUCCUCAAAGGCCAAGAUCUUACACAUGGAACUCGCAAGAUCGUCCCGCAUCUCUAGCAUCAAGAGCUAAUGUAAGACCUGAUCGAGUUUCACUACCUGAACCUAUGGGAGAUGAGACCACCAAAAAGCUGAGAUUAAAGGUGGUCGCUGGGCACCAACUGGCAAAAAAAGACAUCUUUGGUGCAAGCGAUCCUUAUGUACGUGUUGAUUUAAAUACUGUAAAUGGCAAUCAUACAGUGGAUUCUGCGCUUACAAAAACUAAAAAAAAGACUUUGAAUCCUGUUUGGGAAGAGGAAUUUAUAUUUAGAGUGAAACCUGUUGAACAUAAGCUGGUACUACAAGUAUUUGAUGAAAAUAGAUUGACAAGAGAUGAUUUUCUUGGUCGGGUAGAAUUACCAUUAAAUUAUUUACCAAAAGAACAAGCAGGUCAAACAAUUCCUAAUAGACGUUACUUACUUCGACCACGUAGAAAUCAUUCCAGUCAGCGUUCGAGAGUAAAAGGCACGUUGGAUCUAUACCAUGCAUAUAUUUCGGAUUCAACAACGACAGAGAAUGACAAUGAAGAUGCAACAUCUGACUCAGGAGGGUGGGAAAUGGUACAACCGGUAAAUGCUAACCGACCUCCACAGACAGUUGUUUUCGAUACACCUCUAGCACCUUUACCGCAAGGAUGGGAAGAAAGACAAGAUGCGAAUGGGCGAACAUAUUAUGUUAAUCAUAUAGCAAGAUUCACACAGUGGGAAAGACCUUCGGAAUCAAAUACUUCACCUACUGGAAAUAUGGCAGUGGAACGAAAUUUCAGUACCGCAGUCACUGAGUUUCAACGACGUUUUCAUAUUAGUGCAGAUAAUGAAAACAGACACAGAAGUUCAAUUAAUCAGGAUGGUGAAGUUCUCCGCGAGGAAGAUGAAGAUUCGGAAGCAAGAGAUUAUGAGAAUGAGAAUCAUAGGGGAGGGGUUAUUGGGGAUACGUCUUCAGACUCUGGACGUUCUGUUGAUCAACGUGGCUACCAUAGUGGAUAUGAAGACCAGAGUGACGAUAACGUGGACAGCCCAGCUGGUUCUAGGCGUUCGUCUGAACAGACUGAAAGUCCGAAACCCAGCCUUCCUGACUUCACCGCAGAAGGAUUACCACCAGGAUGGGGUAUGCAAACAGCUCCAAAUGGUAGGGUUUUCUUCAUCGAUCAUUAUCAGAGGACAACAACGUGGAUUGAUCCCCGAACUGGGCGUCCAAGUUCAAUUCCUAAUCAUAUUGCACCAUCCACAACACCGAGAAGCGAUAUGGAUCAACUUGGGCCUCUGCCUGAAGGAUGGGAAGAAAGAGUACACACAGAUGGAAGAAUAUUUUUCAUCGAUCACAAUACGAGAACAACUCAAUGGGAGGAUCCACGCAUGUCGAAUCCACAAAUUGCUGGUCCGGCUGUCCCAUAUUCGAGAGAUUACAAACGAAAAUACCAGUAUCUCAAGUCUCAGCUGAUAAAGCCCAACAAUGUUCCUAGUAAAUUCGAAAUAAAGGUUUGCCGGAAUAAUAUCCUAGAAGAUUCUUAUCGUAGAAUUAGUUUCGUUAAUAGGGUGGAAAUAUUGAAAACAAAAUUAUGGAUCGAAUUCGAAGGAGAAGUUGGUCUAGAUUAUGGAGGUCUUGCGCGAGAAUGGUUUUUCCUGUUAUCCAAAGAAAUGUUCAAUCCCUACUAUGGGUUGUUUGAAUAUUCUGCUACGGAUAACUAUACUUUACAAAUUAAUCCUUUCUCGGGCGUAUGCAACGAAGGACAUUUAAAUUAUUUCAAAUUUAUCGGCCGUAUAGCGGGUAUGGCUGUAUAUCACGGGAAAUUGUUAGAUGCCUUUUUCAUUCGACCAUUUUAUAAGAUGAUGUUGGGCAAACCCAUCGAUUUAAAAGACAUGGAAAGCGUUGAUUCCGAGUAUUAUAAUUCGCUGUUAUGGAUCAAAGAAAACGAUCCCAGCGAGUUGGAACUCACAUUCUGCGUCGAUGAAGAAAGUUUUGGACAUACUUCGCAGAGGGAACUCAAGCCGGAUGGUGCUAAUAUACCGCUAACUGAUGAAAACAAAGAUGAGUAUAUAAGUUUAGUUAUACAGUGGCGGUUCGUAUCGAGAGUUCAGGAACAGAUGAAUGCAUUUCUGGAGGGAUUCAAUGCUCUUAUUCCACCGACAUUGGUCAAAAUAUUUGACGAGCAUGAAUUGGAGUUGCUAAUGUGUGGUAUUCAGCACAUUGACGUGAAAGACUGGAAACAAAAUACUUUGUACAAAGGGGAUUACCAUGCUAAUCACAUAGUCGUUCAGUGGUUCUGGCGGGUAGUGCUUUCAUUUAGCAACGAAAUGCGCUCUAGACUUUUGCAGUUUGUUACCGGCACUUCGCGUGUACCGAUGAACGGUUUUAAAGAGAUUUAUGGUAGCAACGGACCACAAUUGUUCACAAUCGAGAAAUGGGGUACACCGGAGAACUAUCCAAGAGCUCAUACUUGCUUUAAUCGCAUCGACCUUCCUCCUUACGAAAGUUAUCAACAACUCAGGGAAAAAUUAAUAAAAGCAAUCGAAGGUUCACAAGGAUUUGCUGGAGUGGAUUAGCACGAGAUACACCCCCUUUUUAUGAUGAUUCUGUAAUAUAAUACAUACACAAACACACGCGCAUAUGUUUAUAUAUUUAUACAUAUGUGUAUAUAUAUACAUAUGUAUAUAUAUAGAUAUACAUAUAUGGGCAUAUAUAUUUAUAUACAUAUAUGUAUAUGUAUACUGUAUACUGUCUAAUACGAUUAACUAUUUAACAGGAUUAACAUUUUUCUGCACUCCAAAGGACUUAGGUGUCUCGUGACUGCUAGUUACAUCAUUAAGACAAAUCAAUGAAAAGGUGUGUUUAAAUAUUACAUAACUGUUACCAGUAAUUCAAAAGAACCUUAUGCAAUAUGCACUUUUAAAAAAUUGUAAUAAUAUAUUUAACAGAAAAGUUUACAAGUAAUUUCGAAUGCUGUUUGAGCAAUUGACGAAUUACGGUUUAUUAACUUGUACACUUUUUAAAUGUAGUUGCUUAUUUUUGACUAUUACACUUUCAAAGGAUUUUUUGAGGAAACAUUUUGGUUGUCAUAAUAGAAGAAUAAUAUUCUGAUAUUAAUUGUAAAUAACUUUAAGCUGAUAAUCGAUAUAAUUGCUUGUUCUGAUUUGUUGAUUGCGCGAAAAGAUGUUACCGAAUGAGAGAAUAUGCGGGCAGUAUCUAUAAGUUCAGAAAACUUAAAAAAAUUAAAUAUUAUUCAAAAUUAUAAAGCAUUUAAAAAAACUGAUAAUAAGGACAGGAAAUUCUAAAAACAAAACUUAGGAGUUUAGCUUAUAUACAAUGAUGUUAUGUAAUUUUAAAAAAUUUUAACGUAUUAACACUUUUGAACUUCGACUGUACAUUUUCAUUGUCCAAAACGCAAGCCGUUGACUCUGAAGAGCUCUCGCAUUAAAGUUGAGUUCGUCUUGUUCGAUGCUUUGUAACAAUGUACAGUAGAAGACUUAUAUUUCUUUCUGUAAGUUAUAACACAAAAACAAAAUUUUACUUUCUUUCGCAUAAAACUAUAGUUGAAUACUUGAUUAAGAAAUUAUUCUGUAGAUCUUCUAUUACGGUAAUAGAGUCGAGGGAAUGCAUUGUACCAAUAUAAAAGAGAAAUAUGCUGACAAAAAUCAAAGGGAGAAGAAGAAGAUUCUAAAAGAAAUGCGUAAUGCUAUUAGAAGGUAUGACAAGAAGAAUUAUAGUCAGUGUGUUACACAUAUUUUGUUGUAUUUUCGACCGAUCGAUUUAUUUAAAAACCAAAAAAAGACGUUGUUUAAUUUUAGAGAAUAUACAGGAAUUUGAUAGGAAACGUAGAAAUUCUUUAUCGCGACAGACGUAUCUGUUACACUAUUUAUUUGACUCGGAUAUAGGACAGUGUUCUUCUUGUGCAUUCUUCUAAGGACGUCUGGUGACUAAUUCAAUUUUGAUUAGAUCAUUGUAUAUGUAUAGUAUUAAGUAAGGUGAAAAGAUAAAUAUGAAAUUGCUUGAUCGAUGAAAUUGAACUAUUUGUACAUUUUGACAAUAUGUGAACAAAAAGAAAAUAGGAUAUAUUCGAUUGUGUUAUCAGAAGUUCUAUUCGAUGCAUAAAGUUAAUUGAUUGCAAAACGCCGCGAUAAAAACGUGACCUUGUAAAUGCCUACUUUAUACGAUACAGUAUUUCCUUGUUAGCGUCGCGUAACCCGACGAGACGCUAUUUCGUAUCUGCUGGCAGCCGCAUAUGUAUUCCGUAGCAUCUCGUGGCCGGGGGAUGAAUGGUAUACGAAAGGAGUAUGUGCGUCGGAUGCGCGAGGGGACGACGAGGAUGGAAACGAGACGUUAACAAGGAUAUACCGUAAUAGCUAUUCCAAGAAUGUAAUAAACAUUCUAGAAGGUGUUUAGCACUCGAAGCUAACGAAACAUUCCAUCCUGUUUGUACAGCUUAUUUUAUUGUAAACAGAUACGUCCUGUUAGAUAAUAAAUAUUAUUAUUAUAACAGAAAUUUGGUGGCCUUAAAUCUGGUUGCUUCGAAUUUCGUGUAUUUCACGUUUUAUUAUGGUGUACAUAUACAUACAUACAUACAUACAUGUAUCUGUAAACGGAUAAAUACUGCUAAAACGGAGAAGUGUCUCAGACUUAUAGUAUUCGUCUUUACGAGCACGUUAAGGGUUUUUAAUCUAUCUUCUAAUAUUAAAGCAAAACUAUAGUCACCUUCGUUAAUCGGGUUGUCGGAUCUCCAUAUACAGUUCCGAUCGACCGUUCGUUUUAAAUCUCGUUUACUAGCUCGGCUAACGAAUUUCCUGCGAUUGUAUUUAUUACGCUCGUUGAAACACCUUGCAAGAUUUUGUAAGUAAAAAAGGAGUUGUAAGUUCAAAGGAGAGAACGACUUAAUUUCCUCGUAAGAUUAUUUAAUCUUGUGUACACACAAUGGAUUUGUCUACUUACGAACACGUGUGUGCGUUGACUCGAUUAUGCUACGAUUCACUUCCACCCGAUCGCUAUGUAAAUACAAUAAAGGACACACGCGUAACCUUGUAAUAUACCGAUUACAGGAACGACGACGGCAUUUUUAAGGAACGCGUACUUGCUAUGCAAUUAAAACUAUUUACUAAUAAACAAACUCGACGAAGUUUCGCAUUUUAACGUUUAAGUACCAAGUACUAACAUUACGAUUAAAAAAAAUUCGAAAUUAUUGAAUGUUCUUGUACGAGCCUGUGGCAAACGAGACUAUACAUGCAAAUAAAUUCUAUCACGAAGCGUA